AUGAGAGUGGCUCGUUAUAAUCCUGUGGCUUUAAAAAGGGAAAAACUGGUAUUUGUUGCAGAACCAACUCGUCAAAUUAAUCCAAACCUCAUACACAACCAAGAACACAGUGAGGACUUGAGAUCCAUGGAUUACGAGUAUAUUCUGGGAGGAAUCCUAGCUUCUGGUUUAGUGCUUGCGUUUCUUGUUGCAUCAAAAUUUGCAGAAAAGAGCAAGCUGGUCAAGAGUAGUUCAUCAUAUGUACACGUGAAAACAAAUGGUUUUGCAGUAUCAUCAAAAGAUCCAGAGGUUGAAGACGAUACUGAUGUAAUCAUUGUGGGAGCUGGAGUUGCUGGUUCAGCUCUUGCUUAUACACUUGGAAAGGACGGAAGGAGAGUUCAUGUGAUUGAAAGAGACUUGAAAGAACCUGACAGGAUUGUGGGUGAAUUGUUACAGCCUGGAGGCUACCUGAAUUUACUUCAAUUGGGUCUUCAGGAUUGUGUGGAUGAGAUUGAUUCUCAGAUGGUGUUUGGGUACGCACUGUACAAAGAUGGGAGAAGCACCAAAAUCCCAUAUCCUUUGGACAAGUUUGAGUCUGAUGUCUCCGGCAGAAGCUUUCACAAUGGCCGUUUCAUACAGAGAAUGCGACAAAAAGCUUCGUCUCUUCCAACUGUGAAACUAGAACAAGGAACAGUGACAUCCCUUGUAGAAGAAAAAGGAACAAUCAAAGGAGUUGAUGUGCCGUCUCAUUUUGUUGGUCUAGUGCUGGAGAACUGUGACCUUCCAUAUGCAAACCAUGGGCAUGUAAUAUUGGGCGAUCCUUCUCCCAUCUUAUUCUAUCCAAUCAGUAGUACUGAGAUUCGGUGUUUGGUCGACGUUCCCGGCCAAAAACUACCUUCCCUUGCUUCCGGUGACAUGGCUCAUUACUUGAAAACUGUAGUAGCUCCUCAGAUUCCUCCGGAGUUGUAUGAUAAGUUCAUAGAAGCGAUAGAGAAAGGAAACAUAAGAAGCAUGCCAAACAAGAGCAUGCCUGCGUCUCCUUAUUCCACACCUGGUGCUCUUGUCAUGGGAGAUGCCUUCAACAUGCGCCACCCUCUAACUGGUGGAGGCAUGACCGUCGCCCUCUCCGACAUCGUCGUUCUCAAGAAUCUUCUCCGACCACUUCGUGUUCUCCACGACGCCUCAGCUCUCUGCAAAUAUCUCGAAUCUUUCUACACCCUUCGCAAGCCAGUGGCAUCAACAAUAAACACACUUGCAGGUGCACUGUACAAGGUGUUCAGUGCAUCACCAGAUCCAGCAAGGAAGGAAAUGAGACAAGCAUGUUUUGAUUACUUGAGCCUUGGAGGUGUUUUCCCUGAGGGACCAGUGGCCUUAUUGUCUGGUCUAAACCCUAAACCUUUGACUUUGGUUCUUCACUUCUUUGCCGUUGCCAUCUUUGGUGUUGGACGCCUGCUCUUCCCUUUCCCUUCACCACAACGCAUUUGGAUCGGUGCUCGAUUGAUUCCAGCAGCGUCAGGUAUCAUAUUCCCCAUAAUCAAGGCUGAAGGAGUGAGACAAAUGUUCUUCCCCGCAGUUGUGCCUGCGUAUUAUAGAGCACCUCCUGUUCAACCAUAG